AUGGGCUGCUUCACAUUCGUCAAAUUGAUGAUGGUCUUGUUCAACUUGCUUAUCUUUUUCUUCUCCAUCGUCCUCAUCAUAUUCAUCGCUGAAGUGGCAGCCGGAGUCGUGGCUCUGGCCUACUCUUCAUUUGCGGAGGGCAUCCUCAGAGCGUGGGCGACUCCUGCUUUACAGAACGACUACGGCAGCGAUCCCGUGGUCACUAAGAUCUGGAACACCACCAUGACGGAGAUGAAGUGUUGCGGUUUCACCAACUACACGGACUUUGUUGGCUCUAAGUUUGAGAAGGAGAACGGAGGCAGCCUGCCGCCCGUCUGCUGCUGGACCAACAGCACCCCCUGCAGUCCCAACGAAGCACAGCGCAGCGCCGUCAAGGGCUGUUUUAAAGACAUCCUGGAGACCCUCAAAGAGCACGCUAACAUCGUGGGAGGCAUCGCCGCAGGAAUCGGUGUCUUAGAGAUUGCUGCUAUGAUCGUAGCGAUGUACCUCUUCUGUCACCUGGACAACAGAAUCAGCUGA